GUCCUGUGCUCCCUUUGCAAACAUUCUCUAAGAAUUAUUAUAGGUCCUCAAUAGCAGUUAACCUUCAUCCCGUUAGACAAAUACUGUGAGGGUACCCCGAAGGGACCUCUACCAGCUUCAAAACGGCUCAAGAUUCCUCAGAGGAGAACAGCAGCAGAGAGUCUCAUGUGAAUCUGUUGUCAAAAACUAUGGCAAUGAAGCUGGUCGCAGCAGCAUUUUGCUUGAGCCUCCUUGCAGCCGGCCUGUGGGUGGGCCUCUCGUUGACAGCUGAGCCCAUUGAAGAAGAAGGGAAACCGGGCGGAGGGAAACCGGGCGGAGGGAAACCUGGAGGAUGUUUUCUCCCACCACUGCCAAAAGAAGACAGUUCAGUGUGCAGGAACCUAGAAGUUUUCUACAUGGAGAUGGGGAACAUCAGCUGUAAAAUUGUUCCUAAGUGCAAUCUAUACAGACGGAAGAUCACGACCUGGCAGGCGCCGAUAGUCAAGUUCCACGCGGCUUUGGAUGGUGCACUGUACCUGCUGGUGAUGGUGGAUCCAGAUGCCCCCAGCAGAUCUAACCCCGUGAUGAAAUACUGGAGACACUGGCUGGUGUCCAACAUCACAGGUGCUGACAUGAAAAGUGGGAGUAUCCGUGGCAACGUACUAUCAGAGUACUCGCCGCCUACCCCACCGCCAGAAAGUGGCCUACACCGCUACCAGUUCUUCGUCUACCUUCAAGGAGACAGAGACAUUUCUCUCUCAGAGGAAGAAAAGGCAGACCCAGGUGGUUGGAAUCUGGACAAAUUCCUGCAGCAAUUCGGGCUGAAAGAUCCCGACACAAGCACCCAGUUCAUGACUCAGUUUGACGAGGAAUUGUCAUCAGACUUUGGUAGAAUUAACGAUGAUCAAGAGCAAUUCAAUCAAAAAUAACUGUCCACUGAGCUGAAACUUUUACCUUCCAGCUGUGCGCUCCUGUCAUGUAAUUCACAACAGGUGGUCUGGGGAUGGAGCCACCUUUUGGCAUCUUCCAAAUAACAUAAAUAAAUAAAUACAGAUAAAUAAAAAAAAGAACAACAAAAAACAAAAAACAAACAA